GCGCUCACUUUCACGCACGAAAAAAAAAUAUAGGGGGAAAACAUCGAGAAACCUCGCAUUUUCCUCGCUCAGUUAUUCAAGCGACGCUGUGUUGUGUGGAAAACAAAAGAGAACGGGGGAAACGUUGGACCCUUUUCUUCUCUUCUCCUUCUAGUGUUGUGUUGUGCUUCUGUUCUGGUGUAAUAUGAGUAGAUUGGGGAAAAUGCCGCUCCUAAGUACUUUGGCAGCUCUGGUUAUUAUUGUGCACUCCGCGGAGGAGAAUUUCGAGCCGGACUAUCGAGACUACCGGCCGAGGGCUCUGGACACGUCUCCUGUGAGCUAUGAACAGCCAUGGCGAGAUACAAACGUCGAGCACAUCCAGCCGGAAAAAGCAGAUAAUUGGCACGACAGUCUGGCGAAUGAACCCCUGAGACGUCGACGAAUGGGAAGAAAACGAAAGCGUCGGCCUCAAGUACCGUCUCUAGAAGAUAUCGAGUUUUCUGAACCAGUAGCGAACCCAGAAGUUCCAGCAUCGCUUCAAGAAGAGUACGACCGUAACACAGAAGCACCGAGAAGGCGGCGAAAGAAGAUCGAUCACGUCGAUCAUUCUCAGGAUGACCCCAGUAGACAUUUGUACACUAGCAGAGAUGAAAGUAUUGAGAGACCCCAUAGACGAAGGAAAGGCCAAAGAAGAAAACGUCCUAUCGUUCAACCUUGGGCAGAAGUAGGUGAACCGGAUUAUGGACAGCAAAACCAAGUAAACGAACAUGUAGAAAUAAAUAAUGAAGACCGCCCGUCCUACUCUAAUAAUGCUCAAGAGGAAUUUGGCGACACAGAUAUAAUGGAAGUUAAAACUGAAGAGAAUCGUUUCGUAGUCGAGAAUAAAGAACCAGCGGAAGAGACAAAUCAAUCGCAUUUUAUUAAUAACGAGAAAAGUUACGAGCCAGAUAUCAGCACUGAAAGAAAUGACAACAUAGACAAACUUAGCUCAAAUAAUUUAGGGACAAAGAAGGAAGGAAAGGAAAUAAAUGAAAUCCCCGAACAGAAUAAAAAGAUAGAUCCACUCGCUUUGAAGGCACUAUUAAAAAAAUCGAAAGGCAAAAGUUUAAGUGAAAUACUACAGCAAAAUAAUUUAUCUUUAUCGGACCUACUGAGCGGAAAAGAGCAAGCAGUUUCAAUUCUGAAGAAAGAAGAUUUACCGCAGAGCCAAGAACCUAUCACUUCAACAGAGAUUCCGAAAAUACCUGAGCUACACAUACCACAACAUAACCCUCAAGGACCUAACAGAAAUUAUGAAAGUAGGGCUAUAAUUAGAGACAAAAAAGUUGAAGCUCCUCAUGUAACGGCAGAACCAAAACAUUUGAAUGAAAAGAAAGAGGAAACAAAAGUAAAUGAAUCAAACGAAAGGUACAGAUUUGUCACGAAUAAUUCCAAUAGAAAGGAAGCAUCCAACACAAAUAUGAGGCGAAGAUUUCCAACAAUAAGAAGAAAGUUGCGAAUGAGACCAGUAUUAAGCAAUACUUACAAAGCACAGCUCAGUAGAGACUUAAUUACACUAUCUUCUAUGAAAUAUCACAAUAAUCGAAAUUCAACCAGAUUUAGAAACUUUAAGGAAUUGAUGUCACCAAAAACGGAAAGAAACGAGCCUCUUGUUUUUGAUACCACAGAAUCUGAAACGGACUCGACGACAUUCAUUCCAGACGAAAUAGUAACAAGAACUACAUUUGAUGAACAAAUAGACGAACUAACUACCAUCACAUAUUUUAGAGAUACGAAUGUUGUAAGUGAGAAUGAUGAUCAAGAAACAUUAAAUACAGCAGACUCAAACACACCAAAUAUUAGGCAAACGGACUGUGAUAACAAAGAAACCACCACAGCUUUAGUUUUUGAGUUAGAUCCAGAAACAUUUUACACAAGUACUACAGAAGCGCCAACAGAAAAUUAUCCUACAACUACAGCUGUAAAUAUCCGACGACAAACCUUAGACAAUAGGUUCAACCGUAAAAGAACAAAACAAAGAACUACCACAGAAACUCCUAUAGACUUUGAAACGAAAGAUAUAUUUAAUUUUCCUAAUUUAGUACCAGCGUCAGAAUUUAUAACUAAAACUAAAACUACUGCGGCCGAUGAUGACGAUUUCACCACAUUGGAAGACUUUUUGACUACCGAGUCCUCAUCUGUAACACGAAGAAGAAAUAAAUCAAGGAAACGCAAUUUCAAUCGCAAUUUCAGUGUUUCUAGCACUCCAAAGUCACACAUCACAACAGAGGUAACUGCUAAGAUCGAAAUACAGGAGAUUCUUAACGACACCACAACUAGUGAACGUCUAUCAAGGAUUCUGAAGGAGAGAAACAUGACUUUGAACGAGUUGUUCGAGCAAAGAGAACGUGGCUCGAGUCAUGUGCAUUUGGCAGACAUAUUCCACAACGCAUCGAGAGAACCGAAUCCACCCGAGCCCUUCCUAUCCAAAUCUCUCCUAGAACCUAUAUCUAGAGAGACGUAUCCGUUGCGAGCACUACUGGAAGCAAACCAAUAUGAUCCAAAAACAACAACUGAUCCUGUAAUAGACCAGAUAGAUUAUAGAAACAAACCAAUAGUCAUGGACUUUGGUAAUAAUGUUAACGAGAACAGUGAAAAUAUGGGUAUCAUGUCACUGUUUCAGAACUUUACCAAAAACUAUUUAAAUAAAGAAAUGAAAAAGGAAGAAGAGAAAGCAACUACACCGAGUAUGAAGAAACAAAGUAUCUCUGAGCCUAGGGAAGGCCGAGCUUUAGAAGCUGACAAGCCAUUGAUUACUUGGAAUGAAAUAAUCAACUUCAUGCAUAAAGAAAAGAACGAAACUGUGCCUACUACAACGGCGAUCGAAUAUGAAAUCCCAACGGAAAGAGUGAGCUUUAAAGCGAGUGACGAUUCGCUUGACGACAAACUGGACAUUCUUCAAGACUUGCAAUACUUAACCAACAAUUUGGAAGGACCCAUGGUACCGAAAUCUAAAAGUAACGAGGCCUUAAAUCUAUACCAAGAAAACGACAGCAUUGAAGUGCUAAAUACAGUAGAAUCUAGCUACAUGAGCACAACCAAAUCUGUCACGGUAGCCACGGCCUCUAUUAUUGGAUUAUCUCUUGUCCUUUUCCUGCUCACAUAUAGUAUACUAAAGUGGAAGCAGGACGCAAAGAUAAUGAGAAAUAACUCCUGUAGAAGAACCGAAGACGUACCGACACCCGUUUUCGAGAAUAGAAAGGGACAAAAACUGAAUAGCAGCACCCGAAGCAAGAGCCCGAUGCUGUCAAACUCAAAUAUUUACGCUAUAGACUCCUUGGACACGCAUAAAGGGAAUGAAUCACCUGAAUACAUGUGGGACAGUUUGAGAAAACCAUUCCAAUAAUAUUAGUUCAUAUAGUUAAGGACUUAGACUGAAAUUAUUUGUAAAGUUCUCUAAUUUAUUCUUAAUAUUAAAUAGACUAUUAUUUUUAAACUGUGACCUGAGUUACUGAUAGAUUUACUGUUGUAGUUUUG